UUUAACUUGAUUUCCCUCGCAACAUCACAUUCAAGCUAACCGCUUGGGGAUUUCAUCAUCAUAUCAAACUCUCAAACACCAAAGCAGCAACAUUGCGCAAUGACAGAUCAGAUCGCCGACGACCAGGGCAACUCCCCCUCUGCUCACGAUGACAGCGUCGCGCCCGAGCAAAGAGGCAUCAAGAGACAGCGCACGUCGAAUGCCGCACCCGCAGACGGCGACGGUGACUCGGACGACGACAAACCUGGCCGUGAGAGAAGAAAGAUCGAGAUCAAGUUCAUCCAAGACAAGUCGCGUCGUCACAUCACCUUCUCCAAGCGAAAGGCCGGCAUCAUGAAGAAGGCUUACGAACUGUCCGUUCUCACCGGCACUCAAGUCCUCCUUCUCGUCGUGUCAGAAACCGGUCUCGUCUACACCUUCACCACCCCCAAGCUCCAGCCUCUGGUCACCAAAGCCGAGGGCAAGAACUUGAUCCAGGCAUGUCUCAAUGCUCCUGAACCCGCCGACUCGAACGGCGUUGAUGGCGAGUCGACCGUCGAAUCUCCCGAGGACACCCACGCCAACGUUCCUGCUCCCACUGCCGGCAUGCAGCCCCGCUCUGCCGGCAUGCCUCCCAACCAGUACGCCAUGACACCAGAUCAACAACAGGCCCUGCAAUACCAGGCAUAUCUGCAGCAACAGCAACAGACCGGCGCUUACCCCAUGUCUGGAGCUCCUAUUCCUGGCCGUCACCCAGGACACCAAUAGAAGAGAUAUCCCAAAGAGUCCAAAGACAUAAUGUCGACUCUCUUAUCAUUGCUCCGACAUAACGACACGUGCGACGCGGAAACAGAAGAGUGAUUUCAACGGUGCGAUGGGUUGAGAAAGAAAUGUCAUGCUCGGAGAAGCUGGCUGGGCGAGGCGAACUGCGGCGUAGCAUCGGAAUGGUUUUCCCCUUUUAUCAUGUUGUCUUUUUCUUGUUUUCUUCGCUUCAUACCAAGGCUUGUCCCACGGGCUUCUUCCAUCUUGACUCUUUCGCAAGGGCAGAGACAGAAAAGACGCCUGAGUUUACCGUCUUACAUGGCUGACCUUUGCUUUAGCUUUUCGUGGCUUUUUCUUUUCCAAAAAUCAAAAGAGACAGGUCAGGUCGCCCUUUUCAAGUCCUUCUGGGAGUUUUGUAUCAUAGUCUGAAUUAAAAGAU